AUGGACGGCGCUGAGCAAAAUGACCUCCCUCGCCACAGGACGUGUCAUCUGACAGUGGCGCUGGAUGAAGCACAGCUGGACGUCCUUGGGCGGCGGGUUGAAAAGAAGUCACAGUCAUUGCUGGAGAGGGUGAAGACACAAUGUUGGUGUUCUGGUCCCAGGAUGAAGAGCCUCCUGCUGGGCGUUAUUCCCAUCCUGUCAUGGCUGCCGCGCUACUCCAUCAGAGAAAACGCUCUGGGAGAUGUGGUGUCUGGAGUCAAUGUCGGGAUCAUGCAGCUGCCGCAGGGUAUGGCCAAUGCCAUGUUGGCAGGAGUUCCUCCAGUGUUCGGUCUCUACACGUCGCUCUAUCCUCUGGUCGUCUACUUCAUCUUUGGCACUUCCAGGCACCUCUCCCUUGGUACUUUUGCCGUCCUGGCCAUCAUGAUUGGUUCAGUGACAGCUAAUGUGGAGUUGCCUAGCAACGGCGAUGAAGAGAGUCAGAUUGCGGUGGAAGCAGCCAAAGUGAACCUGGCUGUGCAAGUCACCGUCCUUUGUGGCCUCCUGCAGCUGGUGCUGUACCUGCUGCAGGGAGGCAAUGUGUGUCGCUGGUUGUCCGAGCCUGUAGUCAGAGGAUACUACACAGCAGGAGCUAUGCACGUGAUCAUCCUGCAGCUGCCAGUGAUGCUCGGGCUCCCGAGACAGAGACACACCGGACUGCUGCCUUCAGCUUGGAUUCUAAAGGAUGUUCUGUCCAACUUGACCAGCGUUGUACCAGGAACUCUGUCAGUCUCAGUGGUUUCAACAGUGGUGCUCAUGGGGGGCAAGCUGCUGAACGAGCGCUUUAAGAACAAGCUGCCUGUUGCUAUACCCUGGGAACUUAUACUGAUCAUCCUGGGCACCAUCCUGACGGUGCAGAUGGAUCUGGCUGCACAGCAUGGGAUCCAGGUGGUGGGACACAUACCCAGUGGCUUGUCUCCUCCAGUCCUUCCUUCUCUCUGUCAGGCCAGAGAGCUCUUCAUUCCUGCUCUGUCCACAGCUUUGGUGGGCUUGAGUUUCCUCUCAUCCGUAGGCUCAAUGUUCGCCAACAAGCACGGCUACCGGAUCGACCCCAAUCAGGACCUGCUGGCUCUGGGUCUUUGUAACACCAUCGGAGCCAUGUUCCAGUGUUUUGCCGUCAGCUGCUCCUUCUCUCGCACUGCGGUCCAGGAAAGUACCGGCGUCAAAUCACAGAUGGCAGGUCUGGUAUCAGCUCUGAUGAUGCUGACCAUCCUGUUGAAGAUUGGUCACUUCUUUGAGCAGCUGCCAAAGGCAGUGUUGGCAGUGGUCAUCGCGGUGAACCUGCAAGGGAUCCUGGCUCAGUUCAAAGAUGUGUGUGUGCUCUGGAAGGCUGACAGAUUAGACCUGCUGGUGUGGGUAGCAUCGUUUAUUUUCACCCUGAUCUUUAACCUGGACCUGGGUCUGGCGGUGGCGUUCGUCUUCUCUCUGCUCAUACUCAUCUACAGGACGCAACACUCCUCCGCUGUUGUUUUGGGUCAUAUUCCUGCUACAGACUGUUACAGAGAUGUGGGACUCUACCUGGAGUUAUUUGAGCCUGAAAAUCAAUAUUUGGGCAAUGGGGAAGGAGGUAGAUGGAAGUGA